UUGUUUUGGCUUUGAGGUUAGAAACUCGUUGUAAAAAGGGAAAAUUUUAACAUUUUUGGCCCUUUUUCGUGAAUUUUAUGAUCAAGAUAAAAGUUUCAAGAGCAAAUUAGAACUCCUGGCGUCGUUCCCAUUGGAAAAGUAGACCAGGAAAGUGGGAAACCGUGGCCCAGAUGCACGAAAGGCGAGGCUGAAUGAACGGAGGAAAAGGAUUUUGUCUUUUGCUUUUCCUUUACCUAAAAAGAAUCCUGUUCCAAGCUCCGGGAAGCAAUCAACUCUAGGGAGUACGGAUAUUUACGGCCGAGAUCGGGGAAACAACAUAAACCCCUCCGCGAAGGUUCGAUUUCACCCAUUAUCUUGAUGUGAUAUCAUAUUUGGGCUUAUCGGAAAUGCUCCGCCAGCCCGAAGUCGGCCGUUAUCAUCACGCACGGUAAAGUGCCUCCGGUGUGUUCGUUGCGGAUGGUUCACGUUCCUCGUAGUCCGAAUCAUGGAAAUGGAAGCAGGUUUUACCCCGGACAUCGUUGAGCAUCCUCUGGUGCACGUAAGCCAGCGCUAUGACUGGGACUGCGGACUGGCCUGUAUCCUGAUGGUGCUGAAUCGACGCGAGCGGCAAACGUUUCUGUCCAACUUCCGGCAAAUCUGCGACGAAGGCCAGUUCGGUGAAAGUACCUGGACCAUCGACCUCUGCUACAUCCUCAAGGAUUUUAAUGUUCCGCACAAGUACCUGACCACCAUGAUCGGUGCCAAUCCGCGACACCGGGGUAACAAUUACUACAAAUCGUACACACUGGAUAUGGUGCGCGUGAACGAUAAAUUCCGUCACGCCGCCGAGCAUGGUGUCGAUGUGAAACAGUGCGCGGUAAACUAUCGGUUUCUGAUCGAUCACCUCGGAACGUACGGUAACAUCAUCCUGCUAACCAGUGCCUCACUGUUGUACUGCGAUCUGUGCAAAAUGAACAAACUGCCUUGUGAGCUACGCUCCUGCCUAAGCAUUACUCCCAGCUACAUGGGCCACUACAUCGUACUGUGCGGAUACAACAAACGGCUACAAAAGUUCAUGUACCGUAAUCCGGCCUGCAAAGACAAAGUGUGCUACAUUCCAUAUCAAGCGCUUGAUAAAGCCCGCAAGGCUAACGGUACCGACGAAGACAUCAUUCUUCUGUACGAUAAAACCUCAUGACACAACAUUCUAGUCCCUGUUGCUUUCUAAUAUUUGUUCGAUCAGAUUAUUUUGUCCAUUUUUUUCAUUAUUAAAGUACAUUUUUUGAACAUUAAAACGAUAGCCUUCU